AUGUGGGCGAAAGAAAAGGAAGUGCGAUGGCCAGACCCCUUGCAGCCGGUGCUUAGGAGCUGGUCUUCAGUGCACGUACAGCAAGCGGAAGCCGCACCAGUGUCAACCUCAGCCUCAGCAUCGGAGCAAUCCACGUGGUCCUGCUGGCAUGAAGUCGACGGAGUUGCUGCACCACUCGUCAUCCGGGGCGCUUCAUGCCAGCGGCAUGCUGCCAUUGAAGAGGUCGCGAACUACCUUCAACUGGCGAGAGAUGCACUGGACGCCUACACGGGUCCCGUAAAUGCUGAGGUGGCAAAGGCAUGGGCGAUCCUGGGAUACUUGUACAGUUACAUGGGAGACACGGAGAAGUACGAAGAGUACCUCAAGCUUUCAGCCUCCUUUUUGAUUGAUUCCAUCGAGCAAGGGUCGACUGACAUGCUUCCAGCGGGAUUCGCCGAGAUGGUCCAUCACAAGGAAACCGCCAAGGCGUACUCGGGAAACGUAGACGCUACGGACAACGGCUCUUUGGGCGCCCAUCAUCAGCAUCCUCUGCAGAUCAACCCAGCUGCAAGCGAAGGGGACGUGUUUCGGUAUGUUGCCCAGUCGCUGAUCGCGUUCGAGCAAGUUGUCUUCGAGAAAUCUUGCGAGAACAGUGCGGCCCGCCGACACUCGAGCGAUGACAAGCUUUGCGAUGAGACAACAGGCGGUGCUACACCGCUCGGUCACACACCCCAGGUGGAAGAGGUGUCAGAUGCAAUGGUGGCUGGGUUCAAAGAUGGCCUGAUCGAGUUCGAAUACCUACAAGACACAGUCGAUCGACCAAACGUUGGCACGGGCAUUGUCGGCCUCCUCAUCAACAUGACCCUGGCAUACCAAAAAGCAGCGAACGGGGACGCUGGUGGUGCGCUGGAGAGGUUCGGCCAAUGCGUCGACGUAUUCGAGCGGUACCCAGGCGUUUGUCGCUGUAUGUUUUGGUGUCACAUUGCGCACGGUAUCCUCGGGUCGCUAGCAGCGAUUGACGAUUCCAGAGCUGGAGGACUGUACAACCGGUUGCGGGAUGUCUACAAUCCGUCUCGCCCUUCUUCCUCUUUGCCAGCGCCACCUUUGGAGGAGUGGCGUGGGAUAUCUGCAUUCUGCGAUGAUUUUCAGUGCCGGUUAACCGAGGGCAUGAUCGCGAGUCAAGCCUUCAGCGUUUUCUCCGCCCCAACCCACUGCACUAGCAACUGCACCGGCUCACAGAAUGAAUGCGAAGAAGCGAGUUUGCAGUUUGUCGAUGAGGAACAGAAUAGCAGCAUGGUGUCGGUGGGUGCCACUCCCGAGGUCGCGACCGGCUCGAUCAUGGAUGCCCCUCGCACCAACGGAGACAAGCCAAUGGCAUCUAAUUACUCGUGGGAAUUGAACCUAGAGCCUACGCCGCAAACGAGCCCAACUGUCGGACCGAGUUUGUCUCCUUCACACCUCCACUGUAAGCCAGUCAGGGGAGGCGAAAGUGACACUGACGUUCUCAACAGUGCGGUCGUGGAGUGUGGUGGUGGCGUCUUAUCUGGCUUGGUAGGCCAAGUUCCCGAUGUGUCCUUGACAUCGCCGUUGUUGGGAGACAUAGACGGGGCCCGUGAGGAGAUCUGGGAUGAUACAAUUGCCGCAGCAGACUGGCUGGAUGUUACUCAUGCUAUGUUGGAUGCAACUGACGAAUGAAUCGGGUGCUUUCAUGUUGGUGAGGUUUGGUUACUCGGGCUAAACCGUGAUGCGGGUUUGGCUGUUCAACGUGUUU